AUGCCUUCAAAGAGCAAGAAGAACCCCGAAAUCGCUCGGGCGAAGCGGAUGCAGCGACAAAAAGACCUCGGACGCAUGCUGAAGCGUGCGCAGAAGUACCUCGGUCUUCGCCCGCGCGCAGCGUACUCCUCGGGCCCUUUAGACUCGUCAGCGCCGUGGGAAGUGAGUAUGCCAGUCCCUUUUAAGACAAAGGCGUCUGUGCGAUUCGUCUGCGUCGACGUGGAGGCAUACGAGAGGAACACCAAUGUCGUCACGGAAAUUGGCUUUGCCAUUCUCGACACUGAGGACACCAUGGACGUGCCUCCUGGCGAGAACGGGGAGAACUGGUUCCCGUUGAUCAAGGCCCACCACCUCCGAAUCGACGAAUAUUCAUACAUGGUCAACCAUGACUUCGUCAAGGGGUGUCCUGGCUCCUUCAACUUUGGCUCGAGCGAGUUCGUCGCGCUCACGGAAGUCAGCAAGGUGAUCGGCACCAUCAUUGGCGACAACCACUCCGACGACAGAAGACCAGUCAUCAUGGUCGGCCACGAUAUCAAGACGGACCUGAAGUACCUGCAGAAAGUCGGAUACAACCCCUGGCGCGUCCAGCACAUCAGCGACGAGGUAGACACCAAGAGCAUGUUCCAGCGCAUGGAACGCAACCCGAACGGCCGCGGCCUGGAGACGGUCUGCGCCGAGAUGGGCCUGUCAGGCCGAAACUACCACAACGGCGGCAACGACGCCGUCUACACGCUGCGGGCCAUGAUCACCAUGACGGUCAAGCGGAUGGUCGACGGUUCGGAUCGUAAGGUUGACGCUCAGCCUGGCGAAGACGAGUGGAGUGACGGGGAAAUGGACGACGGUGGCGCCCCUGAGAGGUCGGCGGAACCCGUCAAGCCGGCCGCGCAGCAGUCUGGCAACAAGCGUAUGGUGCCCAAUGUCUGGCUAUGA